AUGUACUUUACGACAGUGACUGAACUGUCAGACAUACUGUUUCAUGGAUGGAACACAAAUUCAUGGACAGACGUGCUCAUAGCCGCCAUCAUUAUCUGUACCAUAACUGUCAUCUUUGAAGGCCUGAAGAUUGCCAAGUCUUCUCUGGUCAUUUAUAACAGAAGUUCACUGUCAGGCAGUGGACAUAUGGAAGAUCAUGACCAGGAGUCUGAGGUGACCUCGUCCCAAGCAGAUUUGCUGUCCUCACUCAGGAUACCUGUCAAUACUGAGAACAGUCGCAUCAGGAAGACUGUACUGUUUCUGUUGGAAUCGGUGCUGCACAUGUUUAACUUUUUGUAUGGAUAUAUUCUCAUGUUGCUGGUUAUGACAUACAGUGUUUGGUUUCUUCUAGCAGUUCUGUUGGGUUCAGGUGUUGGUUUCUUCAUCUGCCAUCCAUUUGGUCAGCGUUUGAUUGCACAGUAUUCUUCAAGGAGAAAAACUGCCAGGAGCUGCCAUGGAGGUGGG